AGUGACGCCGAGGCAGCAGCAGCAGUAGCAGCAGCGGAGGCCAUCGCAGCUCCGGGGACUUUUCACGUAUUUUCCGACAAGAACAAACAACUCGGGCCUUAAAAACCGACCCGUGUGAGACAGAAACACCAUGACUGAAGCCGACAACAAGAGCGCGAACGUCCUGGCGCAGGAGACGGCGCAGCUGGAGGAGCAGUUGCAGGCCUGGGGAGAGGUGAUCCUGGCUGGAGACCGUGUGCUGCGCUGGGAGAAGCCCUGGUUCCCUGGAGCUUUAUUGGCCGUCACCUCUCUGCUUUUCCUCCUGAUCUACUACCUGGACCCCUCUGUGCUCACGGGACUGUCCUGCUCCGUGAUGCUGUUGUGUCUCGCCGAUUACCUGGUGCCCACGCUUGCUCCUCGUGUCUUUGGAUCCAACAAGUGGACCACAGAGCAGCAGCAGCGUUUCCAUGAGAUCUGUGGAAACCUGGUGAAGACUCAGCGUCGUGUGGUGGGCUGGGGCAAGAGGCUGUGUGCGCUCAAGGAGGAGAAGCCCAAAGUGUACUUUGCCUCUGUCAUCACGUCUCUUCUGGUCAUGGCCUGGGUCGGACAGCAAGUCCACAACCUGUUCCUCACUUACCUGAUCGUGAGCUUCCUGCUGCUGCUGCCUGGUCUGAACCAACAUGGCGUCAUCUCAAAGUACCUGGGCAUGGCCAAGAGGGAGAUCAACAAGCUGCUCAAACAGAAGGAGAAGAAGAACGAGUAGACGAAGGAAUAUAGCGAUGGAACGGAGAGCAAACGAGAGCGAAGAAAAGUCACAUUUGAAAAAAGAGAGCGCGCUGAACCGAAGCCCCGCCUGCUCAGUCCGCCCCUGAGCAAGACGAGCACUUUUGUUUGACCCUUAAGUUUAGUUUCCCCACAACCUCUUUGAUAUAUCACAUGUUUCUUCAUGAUCUGGUCUGAGCAUGCAGCCUCUAAGUGAAGGUGCCAUGAUCGCUUUAAAGGUGCAACGUGAAACUUUUCUCACGGGAGUGUCCAGCACCCGUUUGUCGCCAUGGAAAUUCUCGCUUUGCCUGGAAUGUUCUACAGUAUGGCAUGAAACAUAUCCAUCUAUUUUGUAUAUAUUAAAUUACAGGUUCAGUUUCUUUGGGGAGCGGGGUCGCCUCUCCACAGAUAUGACCUGUGACUUGGCUUGGUGGUGCCCUAUGCUUGUGAAGGUGGUAUACUGUGUGUUUUGUUUUUAAGAUGGUAAAAAUAUGAAAAGGUCAUUUUAAACAGUUUGCAGUUCUCCAAAGUUAUUCCUCACUUAUUGUACUUAUUAUAAACUCAUCAUGGUGAACAGUUACGAUGCUCAGAAUUUAUAAGUGCUUUUCACAGCUUUGAGACCAGAUCGGAGUUUUGCUGUCACGAAAUUGCUAACAACGCACGAAAAUCUCUAGCUACGCACUUAUCGGACAGUAAACCGCUUUAUAAUUAAAUGCAGACAGGCGUCACACCGCGUUUAUUUAUUUUUUUUACCCCAAGAACCGCUCAGAAAAUACAUCUGUACUGGGGCAAGACGCGUUUUGCUAUGGGGAAAAAUCAUGUACAGGACCUUUUUUAAUGUGGACAUUCCAGGCAUAGUAAUAUCUCCACAGCGACAAUCAGGUGGCGAAACCCAUACCAGAAAAGUCCAGCAGUGCAUCUUUAAAUUUGGUUUCCUUUUUGGAGGUUUCGGCGACGCGUCUGGAUUCCUUUUGACUACUGAGCGGAGCCGUAGCAUCGCACACUCGGACCUGAAACGUGUGUAAGCGCUUUCUCACUAGCCUUAGUUGUAUUUAAGUGGACUGUAAUGCUGUUUUAGCCUCUUUACUCAGAGCCGUGUCCUGAUGAUGUGUAAAUACUUUUUUGUUUUUAUUUAUGUUCUUCCUCUGGUCUCGUCACUGUGGCAUUUCAUUUGUUUUUUUUUCUUAGAUUUCAGCGUUACAAAUAAACUUAAGUGAACUUUUA